AUCAGUUUGGUGCGGAAAUUUGAGACAAGUGUUAAGUGUUAUUUUUGUUUUUGUAACGUUCCAAUAUAUGUAAUAAAACCAUUGUAAAUUCUUAUAUAAGAUGCGCUUGACACUCGGCGUGGGAGCAGCUCAGCUGUUGCUUUUAAUUACAUUUUGUGGAACGCUGACAGUUGGAGCAGGAGGCGUUCCACCUUUGAUUACUGGCGCCGUGGAUAUUAUUAAACUGAUUCAAGGUGUAACAACAGGCAUAUUGAAGGUAUGGGACUUAAUUGGCUAUUUGCCCACAAAUGGCAACGAUCUGCCCAUAGUGGAAAACAGGCAGCACCAAAUUAUUGAGCAAAUUUCAUUGAUCAGCGAUCAGAUAGACCGCUCUGAGAAACAGCAAGAGGAAUACUUUAAACUAACCAUAGAGAGCAUGAAAAAAGAGCUGCAUGCCGAGUCGCAACUGGCGCAUCAGAUGCACAUAGUCAGCGAUUUAACCAAGCUGAUAACAAUGCGCUAUGACCAAAUGAAUUCCUACAAGGACGCCACCAUUGAGCCCAUUACUUUCUAUGGCUUCGUCGAAUGGAAUGUGGUGCCCGGUCCAACUGCGCUGCCAUUUCUGCUGCGCCGACUGCACGAGGAGAUGUAUGGUGAUGUUAAGGAAGACAGUAGCAACUCGCUCUUUGCGCUGUUGGUGCGCAAUUAUGAAAAUGAAGUGGACCAAAUAUGCUCGUCUAAUCGCUCGCCGCAGCAGUUUGCAUAUGAUCUGUUUACUAAGGCGGCGCUUACGGAGCUUAAAGUCUAUCUCACGGCGCAAUUUUCAUGGAUAGCGCUGCGCAAUGCAGGACGCGGUAAUUUCACGAAGGAGCUAUCCCUAAUGCAGGAGAGCUAUGAUAAGAACUUGCAGCAUUCACAGAAAUUACUAAUUGACGUUAUGGUGCGCACCGGACGCGUCUAUUGGCGCUGCGAUCCCAAGCCAGACGCGCAGGUGUUGGGUCGGAGCUAUGAGCAGGUGACACGUCUGCUGCAAGGCUAUAUAGAAAACGAGGUAAAUCUGAACGCGGAGCAAAGCUGUACUCAAACCUGCGAGGAUUAUGAUAAUGUGCGCAUCACUGGAUGCUACCCAGAUACGUUCUGCAAUAAGCAGCCGAAGUGCAGUGGACGUUUGUAUAAUUGCCGCUUUAUAGAGGCGGAUAUGUCGAUUUGCAUGUCCAAGAACAGCUCGCGGCGUUACGAUUACGUUGAAUAUGAUAAUGGGCGCGUUAUAGGCGCUGAUGCUGGUACUCAUGGCACCCAAUGCCCUGGACCUAAGCAGGAGGCCGAUUCGUGGUCAUAUUGGUUUUGGCGCUGCAACUAUUGCUUAUGUCUGUGUGACGAUGAAGAGAGUGCCGUGAGUGAUCGGUACUUUAGCUUGCGUGAUACAUUAUCGGAUUUCCGUUUAAAUAUGAUUGUCACGGGCGCGCGUUUUAUUAAGGAUCAGCGUGUAUUUCAUUUGCAGCUGCAACAAGGCGAGCUGUUGCCUGGUGGCUUAGUCAAUCAGUCUUCGCUUGCCUGGAUACCUUUGGAGUCCUUCGAUGUUAGCCAUGUAGAUGUCCGCGAGGGCUUUGACUACCACAAGCUCAGCUACAAGAGCCGUGCCGUAGAUUUGGAUGAGAUCAGCACUACAAAUAGCUCGCUUGUGGUGACUGGCGCACGUUUGCGCGUGCUCAAAAAUCAUCUCAACUUAGAGGUGCGAUUUAGCUUGUUUAAUGUAACCACAGGCCGCCUCAUGCUGCCAGAGAAGCAUAGUGUUUGGUUGUCCAACGACAAGGAACAUACUCAGUUGAUUCUUAAAAAUCCACACAUUCCAACUAAAUCGAUGCUGUCCUCCAUGCCGCUAUCAAAGCACAACGAGUUUAUGGAAUUUGUCAGCUCCAGCACAGAUAAGGACGCGGCGCAAAACACUGUGCCCUACAUUGAUGUGCAGGAUGUUGUUCCCAAUCCGGCCGUUGCACUUUCUGGCCUGGGCAUUUAUCACAAAGGACGCAAUGGUUAUGGUGGAUUCUUUGCACCAAAGAUCAUCACAUACGACUUGUCCAAAACCAUUACUAAGCCCACUCAAUUGAACAUGUACUUUUAAUUGCA